AAAAAUCAUGGCUUCUGGAAGCUCUUACUUAGGAACUGACACAGAUAUUGAAAGUGACAGCUCUUAUGAUGAGAAAAAAAGUGAUGAAGGAAACAGCUCUGAUGAUGAGGAUUUAUCUUAUAACUCCCAGGCUAUGCAAUUCCUUCGAGAAUAUGAAGAGAGAGAGGAAAAUGGCAGCGUGUCUGAUGACUUAAUGUCAAAUCUGGAUGUGACCAAAUUCUUGCAGGAAGAAGCUGCUGUUGAAACAGUUGAUGACAGAUCUAAGGGCAUUCAGGCUUCAAGUAAAGCAGGUGUUACAAGUGCUUCUACAUCUAAUCCAUCAGGCAAGGAGAAAGGAAUAAUAAGAAGCAUUUUCUUGCUCAAUCAUAUGUCACGUUCAGAAUAUGCCAGUUUACUCAACGACUUUGUUGAGUCCGAAUUAUUUGUGAUUGAUGGAGACUCCUUAAUAAUGGAGUACUUAGAAAUAAAGACAUUGCAUACAGGACAAAUGCUUCACUUUUUUUACUUAGUCGAAUGUUAUCUCAUAGAUUUGAUAAACAGAGGAGCAACAUUUGUGAUCGUAUUCUUCCAGGAUGCAGAACACCUCUGGUCGAAAAACAUUACUGUUCUUUCUUUUCGAAGUGCACUAAUCUUACAUCUUCAGAGAAAUACUGAUAUUCCAAUCUACACUGAGUUUCCAAACUUUUUGUGUUCAACCUGGCAGUCAUUCCUGAAGACAAGCUAUCCAUACUUUAUAAUGGUGUCAGAUCAAGGACUGCAGAUGGGAAAAGAAUGUCUUUCUAAAACCUACUUUCACAUUUUCAUUAGUCAUCUGCUUGGGAAAGGAGUUAAUGUUGCACUAAUGUCAGGACAGACAUUUGACGCUCUCAGAGUCUACGGAUAUUAUAUUCAAAGUAACUACCAUAUAAGAAGAUUCAUUAAACAGCAUAAAGAAAAAUUUGAUGCUCAUUAUAGAAGUUUGAUUGAGUGUUUAUCAAGGCCUUCAUCCAUGGCUUCUAAAUGUAUACAUUUGGACAUUGAAAACAAGGUUUACAAGACAUGCUGUCAGCUACAGAAAUUAUGUCCAGAAGGAUCAGGUAUUCAAAAAACUGUUUGUAUUUUGAGUUGUUCUGUGGUUUUACAGCUUCAUAAAAGUUACUUAAAAGAAGAGGGGACACCAAGCAAAACAAUUAAGAACAAAGGAAAAGAAAACAGUACUCAGGAAAACACACUGAGUUUUGAGGAAGCAGUUGACUUGUGCAAACUAUACUGCCUGCAUACCGCUCUCCUACUUCAUUUACCGUUAUCAAAACGAGCACGGAAUCUUUCUGAAAAUGGAAAAUGGGAGGAUGAUGUUUCAAAAUUACUUGAAAUGAGGAGGAAUUGUGAGUAUUUUGCUCUGAAACAUCUUACUACUUUAAGCAACUGGAAAAUAGAUUUCACACAUUUGCCUGACCUGAGUGACAGCUUACUGCUUCAAAAAGUUGGUCUUUACUGGGAAACCCAGAAGUGCAAAGACACAGAUGUACAGCUGGGUGAAGAAAUUGAAAAAGAGUAUACUAGAAUAUGGACUGCAGUAUCAAAAUUAGUUGACGAAUGUGAAAUUUCUGAAGCUUUUCCAGUGAGGAAUACUUCCAAAGUUUUUAUAAGCUCUGAGGGCAGCAAAAAAGAUGAACACAGGGAAGCAUUUCUAAAUGUGGGUCUGAUACAUGUAAAAUCUUCAUUACUGGAAGAGUAUGCUGGAGAUGCUUUGGAUAGCUUGCCGUUUUUAACCAAUGAUGAUCCACUUGUUUUGUCUCUAACUAAAUCAAAAGAAUUUGAUGAACUGUUCCACUGGAAUAGUAUGAAACCACUAUCUGAUGAGUAUGAUAGAACAGCAUGUGAUAAUGAAAAGCCCAGUGGUCCAAAGGAGGCUCGUCGGAUGCUUAGAAACAAACAAAAGUAUAAUGCCUUUCUUAGGUUUUAUGGUCAGUCACUCGAAGGGAAUAUUUCAAAACAAAUUCCAACAAACAGAAAGGAAGAUGCACUAAUCAAGAGUAAAUCUGCACCAAACAAAACAAAGGCAUCAACUCAGAAGAAAAAAGCUGAGAUCAUUGUAGAAACCAACAUAAAGAAGAAACUGCUAGAAAAAGAGAAGAAGGAAAUGGAGACUUUAGAACGUAUAUCAGGGAAUAUUGAAAUGGAAAUCAGGGAAAAUAUUAAUGAAGGUAUCCAAAAGCUGCAGGAGUUUUUGAAAACAUGCAGCUGUGAUUCAGUGAAGUUAUCAGCAGAAGUGAUGGCACUAGACACCUGCUUCUCAGUCUGGGUCAGUCUCUGUUCAGGUCCAGGAAAAGAAAGAUGCUUCAAUGUAGCCAGUACAAUUAUGAGAAGAAUUCAUAUUAUUCUGGACAAAUAUGAAGAGUUACUACAGAAGUCUCAUAGAGAAAAAAUUGCUGGUUACCUUAAGGAUAUGGGAUUUCAUAACUUAGACAUGUCUGUUUUAGGACAUAAUAAGAAGCAAGGAAUUAACACUAGAACAGUUACUUGCUCAAACUACGCAGUUGGAAUUGGAUCUGCUCGUUUUCAGUUGCAGUACAUGAGCCAUUACCUUAAAAGAGAGGAGAGAAAAGAUCCAGACCCCAGAAUUCAUCACUUUAUACCGGAUACUUGGCAGAGAGAGCUUAUGGACAUUGUAGACAACAAUGAAUCUGCCAUUAUAGUUGCUCCAACUUCAUCUGGGAAAACAUAUGCAUCAUAUUAUUGCAUGGAGAAAGUCCUAAGAGAAAGUGAUGACGGAGUUGUGGUUUAUGUUGCUCCAACAAAGGCUCUUGUACACCAGGUUGUAGCAACUGUUCAUAACCGUUUUAUUAAGGAGUUGCCUGCUGGAAUAACUGUCUGUGGAGUUUUCACAAGAGAUUAUCGAUAUGAUGCAUUAAACUGCCAGGUCCUUGUGACUGUUCCUCAGUGUCUGGAAAUUUUGGUUCUUUCCCCUCAUUGGCAGAAUUGGGUAAAAAGAAUUAAAUAUGUUGUGUUUGAUGAGGUGCAUUGUCUUGGUGGAGAAAUUGGUGCUGAAGUGUGGGAACAUCUCCUUGUAAUGACACACUGCCCAUUUUUGGCUCUCUCUGCAACAAUCAGUAAUCCUGAAGAUCUCACAGAGUGGCUGCAGAAAGUAAAAAAUUAUUGGCUACAAGCAGAAGAAUUACAAAAUUCUGAGCCUUCUGAAUCUAAAAGUUCACACAGAAUCAAGCAUAAGCAGAAACGAUGUUCGGAUAAGAAAUCAUUUAAAGUCAGAUUAGUGAAAUAUGGAGAAAGAUACAAUGACUUGGAGAAGUAUGUUUGUAUUCCAGAAGAUGGCAGCUUUGAAUUUUUUCAUUACCAUCCAUGUGCUGCACUUACUGUAAACCAUAUAGAGAAGUAUGGCUUUCCUUCAGAUUUUUCAUUUUCACCACAAGAGUGUAUCAAACUCUAUGACACCAUGGUCGGCACCUGGAAAAAUUGGUCUCGAGCAAAGGAGCUGGAUCCAGAGCAGUUCUCUUCUCUUAAGGAUAAAAUAAUAAUCACAAAGGCUGAUGCCCGGAAGUAUGAAGAAUCACUUAAAAAGGAGCUUGUUAACUGGGUGAGGUGUGGCCACAAAGAAGAGGUUGGCAAAGUACUGAAAAGUCUCCAACCAGAAAUUGAAGAUGUAGCAGAGCAUGACAUGAAGAAACUUUUUCCAUGUUUUGUUGAAGAACUGCGAAAAAUUGAUGCGUUGCCUGCUUUAUUUUUCAUAUUCAAUAUACAAGAAGUAGAAUCAUAUGCUGACAGGUUAUAUUUACACCUAAAAAAGAAGAAAGAAGAAAUGAAGCCAGAUACUGAAGCACAACUUUCUUUGCAAAUUAAACUGGAGAAAGUGGAAAAGAAACUUAAAAGGCUAACAAAUGUUACAGAGGAUAAGCUGUCUGCCAGCAAGGCAGAAAUCCUUCAUACACUUCUGGAUAAGAAAAACAUUUUGGAAAUGCAAGUAGAAAAGCUUAGCAAAGACCCUCCAGAAUGCACAUUUGCCAAUCAGAAAGCUGUGGAUGAAAAGACAUUAAAUUACAUGCUUAAAAGGACACAACUGCUAACCAGAAAUAUAAGGCUUGCUCUCCCACUUCUGAAAGGCAUUGGUUAUCAUCAUGAAUCCAUGAAUCCCAAACAAAGACAGGCAGUAGAAACACUACUCAGGAUGGGAUUUCUUCAAGUUGUAACUGCCACUGGAUCACUUGCUUUAGGGAUUAAUAUGCCCUGUAAAAGUGUUGUGUUUGUGGAAGAUUCUGUUUACUUGGAUUCCCUAAAUCUAAGACAGAUGUCUGGGCGUGCUGGAAGACGUGGUCAAGACCUCUUGGGCAAAGUCUUCUUCUACAAUAUUCCCCUCCCCAAAGUUCAGAGACUUAUCAAAGCUAAUGUACCAAAACUAAAAGGACAAUUCCCUCUGAGUGUCUCUCUGAUCUUAAGGCUCAUACUUUUAGCUGAAAAGGCUGAUGAUAAACCUGAUGCUAAAGCAAAGGCUUUAUCAGUGCUGAAACACUCACUGAUGGCUUUCAACCAACCAAAGAAGCAAGAGAUGCUCAAACUUUUCUUCUUGUUUUCUGUGCAGUUUCUUGUUAGGGAGGGAUACAUCAGUCAAGAAGGCAAACCACAGGGAUUUUCUGGACUAGCAACUCAUUUACAUUAUCGUGAGCCAUCUAAUUUUGUGCUGAUCAGAUUUCUGGAAAAGGGUCUUUUUCACAAGUUGUGUGAAAGAUCUCUAACAAAUAAAGGAGGAAAACAAUUUUCUGAAACUGUGAUGGAAACUUUGGUACUUGUAUUAGCAAAUCUUUUUGGAAGGCUGAGACUUCCACAUUCUGCUGUAGAACUAAAAGGACAAUUCAGACAUUCAAAAGUGAUUCUUGAUGAGCUUCCUCCAGACUUUGCUGCUGCAGCAGAGGAGUACAAUGAUGUGGUUGACAAAAUAUUUGGCAGUUUUUUACUCUCCACCUCAAAAUUUGCUGAUAUGGAACAAGAGUAUCAACUUCCUCUUUCAAAUAUUUCUUUUGCAGGUGCAGAAUCAGAUCAUGAGACUAGUUUCCUAUCAGUCCUGACAAACUGCCAGAAUAAAACAACAGCAGUAUCACCAUUUGCAACUCUUUCUGGAAACACAAAUAAUGAUUUAUUUUGUGCCUCCACAGUUGACACGAUUGGAUUGCAAACAAUAGAUGCCAAGACCUUGAAAAUUCCAACUUUUGACCAUGAAACAGAAGAUAUCCAAGGAAGAAAAAUGCCACUUAAUGCAUAUGCGCUGGACUUCUACAAACAUGGCUCACUGAAUGCUCUAUUUUGUGAAAACUUUUUACAUCGUGGGGAUGCCUUUCAGCUCAUCAAAGACUUCAAACUUGUGAUCUCUUCUAUCAGUACAUCACUGAUGGAACUGUGUGAAGAUGAAAAUGACAAUGUUGUGCUCGCAUUCAAGCAACUAGAUGAAAGCUACAAAGAAAAAUAUGAGAAGAUCCAGAAUUAGAAACUUCAAGGCUAACAAACCUAAAAUAAGUGAAACUGGAAGACAAAAUCUCACGCUUUAAGAGCUGUUGAUCAUAUUGCAGACUAUGUACUUACUACACUCUGGAGUCAUGCACUUGUACGCACACGUUACAUGAAAUAUCAGUAGCUGUAACUUGCUUAUGCUGCAUGAUGAAUUAAUGCCUUCUAGUCUUUACUGAAACAUUUAUUUCUUGUCAUCAUCAGGUUACAGAAUGUAAUUCACAUUUGCUGUUUAUAUGAGAGAAUAUAUAAUGAUUUGUAUCACGUAAACAAAUAUUGUAAUAUUGUCAUGCUUCAUACCUUUUCUAUUCUAAGAACAGUCUGGCUUCUCGUACUUUGAUUUUCUUUUUUCUUCCUCCGUUUCUAAGAAUAGGUUAGCAUCCUAUGUUUUAACAUUAUCACUGCAAGCUAAUAUCCAGUACUAUAGUAUUUUUUUUUUCUUUUUCCUUUCCUUUCACAGCCAUUGCUCAUGCCAUUGUGUCCUCUCUCACUUAAAUACCAGGAGCUCUCCUGUAACUACAUCUCUGGGAACCUGCUGUUUGAAAAAGCUGUACUUGUGAGCAGUAACCAAGUUUAUUGUUACUCUGCAAUGUAAACAAGUCUAACAUGAAGAGCCUAGCUGAAUGUUAACAUAACCUACUCUAAUAAUGAGUCCCUGCUCUGUGUUGGAAAGGGGCUGUGGCACCCCCCAGCUGAUUAGUCCGUACACUGUAAGGACCAAUUACCUAAGUGGCCACAUUGUCCAUUCACUUGACCAUUAGAUUACACUGUUUAAACCAAUUACUGCUUGCUCCUAGCUCCUUGUUCUCUGCAUUCAACAUGUAAAACACCAACUUUUUAUGGGCUGUUCUGACAUGUUAGUGACUGAGUACCAGUAGUUUCAGUCAUUCUAAGGAGUAAUUGUAUUCAUUGUUCAAGUGCAGGAACUGCUCUAAACAGACUGCUUUCUGUAAAAAAAGGGCAUUUUCCCUAUAAAUGCUUGUGGACAGGGAAUAUAGGGCAUACCCUACUGAUCUGUACAUCUAAGAACUCUACAAGGGUGGAGGAAUAUUUAUUGUCCACGAGCGUUUAUAGGAAAAGUAUCAGAAGAAACAAUGUUCUACACAAUAAUAGCAUGCAUCCCAAUCAUACCAAACUAAAUGUGCUUCGGGGGCAAAUUUUCCGUAUCAUGCGUCUACAUAAUGAGGAUGCACAGUUAGAGAAGGCACUCAUUCUACUCAAGGAAGAAUUCAUAAACAGAGGAUACAGGAAAGAAGUCAUUGAAACACAAAUAAUUUAAGCCUGGAAUGAGAGGGAAGCCAGAUGUAGACCAUAUGUUAGUAUUAAUCAUAGUUCUACCUCUGCACAGACUUCUGAACAAAUUGUUGAUCAGAGUCGGACCCCUAUGAAUGUUGGCAAUAAACUCAGGAUGCCUUUGACCUAUGCUAGCAACAUCAGCAUGGUAUGUGAUACUAUUAGUGCCAACUGGGAUAUUCUUCUAAAUAUACCUGAACUACAAGGAGUGAUUGGUAACAAACCUGAUUUUACUUUUAGGAACAACAAAUCUCUCAAAAAUCAACUUUGCUAUAGACCAUUGAAUCCUCCUAGCUAUGUUCAGUCCAACAGAAAGGGUACCUACACCUGCAGAAGGUGUAUGGCCUGUGUAUGCAUACAUACUGGGGGUCAUUUCCUUCACCCCUAACUAUGUUUUAAUAUUGACAGUAGUUUCUAUGCGGAUUGUCAGACCAAGAAUCUGGUAUACUUCUGUUUCUGCAUCAUCUGUUUUUUCUACUAUGUAGGCAAGACAAACAGGGCUUUCAAGGAUAGGGUCCUUGAACAUUUCAGAGACAUCAGAAAUGUGAAAGUAUCCAGUGCGUUAGCUAUGCAUGUUAAUGAGACAAGCCCUAGUCAUAAGUUCAAGUUUUUUGCCUUAGAGUUAGUGCAUGCUAAUAUUCGAGGUGGAGAUUUAUUAAACAAGACUGAAUCCAUAGAACAGAAAUGGAUUAUUCAGCUACAAGCUGACAAACCCCGGGUCUGAACAGCAAGGUAUCAUUAAAACCUUUCCUUAAAGCAAGAGCUUUGAAACAUCAUUAGCCCUUGCUGUUAGUAUGAUAACAUUGAUUUUCUAUCAUGACUAUGUUUAUAUCUCUCAAGUAUGCAUUUGGUAGCAUAUGCAUGUCACACAGUUUACACACUACUCUAUCCUUAUUUUUGCUAACCAUACAUUUAGUAUCAGGCAUUUUUAUUAGUACUAUAUAAUAGCCACAACAGUUUAACUACUUCUGUCUUGAGACUUCCAAUAGCUUGACUACUCUGUUUUUUCAUUAUUGGUCAUGCUAACAUAGUAAGGAAUCAGCAGGCAGGAUUUCUUCAGACAUUUUCUAGACAUUUUAUUAUUAUUUGCUGCUUUAAUGAAUGCUGCUAGUUUAUUGUAUAAUAAUUAGUUUUUAUGCAUGCAUAUGCAUUUGUGUUUUUAAGGCUGCAAUAGCUUGAUAGUGUUUAAUGUUGUGGAUGUGAGCUGCUUUCAAUUGCCAGCACUAAGCAAGUCUAUUUUGCACUACAGUAUGUAAGUUAAACAUGCUGACCUUUCCCUUUCUUUUUAGACUUGUACUUUAUUGGCUGUUGUAACAUUUAAACAGUCAUCUGUUACACUGUGUUUAACAUGAUCUGAUGAAGCAGAAUUUAUUAUCCGUGAAAGUGCUUACCUGUUUGUACUUUUUAGAAUAAAAGAAUCAACAAAACAAAGUGAA